AUGGAAAUUAACGCGACAUGUGUUGAUAUCUUACAAUUUUACGACAGAGAUAUAGAACAUUAUUUAACAUCUUUGGAAGGUGGGUUGUUGUCGGAAGAUGACAUGGAGAAGUCUGAUGAAGAGGAGGAAAAUGUGCCUGAAAGUUACGACGGAGAUGAUUUACUGAAUAUGUUGAAAGCAAUGAGGAGGACACAGAAAACUCACAAAACUACGAAAGUGACCUUCCCUUGA